UACAAAAAAAGUUCUUAGGUUCAGAAAAACAUUCAGUGAACUGAUAAAAUGAGGCCGGCAAGUUUUGUUGGAUGCUGCUCAUUAGUCCAUCGGCUAGCGAAUUAAUUAAUGCAAAAGAUCUGCAGAGUAAGAUGUAUGUGAGUUCUAGUAGAGACCUGAGGGAGUUAGCGUUUUAGAAAUCACGUGCUUUUUCCUCAAAAUUUCCGCUGAAAACGCCGAAAUAUAUUUUUUUUUCAACUGUAAAGGACCAAAUUAUUUAAGCCAUGUCAGGCGAGAGACGCUCUUCUUGUGGGUUGGAAUUUAGCGCAGUCCCUGAUCUCAAACAAUGUCUUUGUGUUGCUAACGAGGCGAAGUAUGAUUUCAUCGUCGCUCCACUCGUUCAUCCUCGCUACAAAAGGGAAUUUAUCUCUGGUGUUGCGAAGGAGAGAACGGACCCAUUCACCAGACCAGAUAUGAUUCUCUGCAACUCCGAUUGGAACUCAUUAGUCAUCGGAAAGUUCUCACCUCAUAUCGAUGUAGAUUCACCAAUACCUUAUGUUGCUAAAAAUAGUGAAGAAGCACUGAAUCAAGAAUUCUGUUUAGCUUCACAUUUGGCUCUGACCGCUGUGACCCUAAAACUGAAGGGCAACAUCGAUAGACAUAUUAAUUUAGCCAGAAUCGUUGCUGACAAACUUGCAAGUCCUGUAAACUGUCAGGUGUGGCUCCAGGUUCCCAUGGAAAAUCCUCAAAACAGAGUUAACUCAUACAGAGACGAAGAACAUUUUUCUGAGGUCGAAACUGAGACUCCUUGGGAGUGGUGGAAUGCAUUUAGAAUUAUUUGCGAUUUUGACAGAAAACUGGGAGCUGCGUUAUUUGUCAGUCAUGAUCUCCCCGAAGAAGAUGAGAUAAGCAGAUGGUUAGGCGAGCCUGUGAAAUGCUUGAUUCUACCUACAACCUUGUUCAUCAGCAACAAGAAGGGUUUUCCGGUUCUAGGGAGAGCACAUCAGAUGCUUGUCAAGAGGUUCUGCUCGUUGGACGUGCAGUUCAUAAUUACCGGUGCUAAUCGCUAUCGAAACAUUAGUUAUUAUUAUCAUUAUCUUGAUUACAUCUGGAAGAGUUGGCAAAACGACGGUCCGAUUGAACGAUACGCUCGAGGGUAUGAGGAUUGUCUUCAAUGUCCAUUGCAACCAUUGAUGGACAACCUCGAAUCCGGAACCUAUGAAGUUUUCGAAAAGGAUCCGGUGAAAUACUCUCAAUACCAGCUUGCAAUUUACCAAGCGCUUCUCCACAAAGAUGCUGCGAAUAACAAGAAGGAUGAGAAUGAAGAGCUGAGACCAGUAAUUAUUAUGGUUGUUGGAGCAGGAAGAGGUCCACUCGUUCGUGCAGCUUUGAAUGCUUCCGAAACAGCUCGAGUACCCGUGAAAAUAUACGCAGUUGAAAAGAACCCUAAUGCAGUAUUGACGCUACAAGCGCUUCAGAAGGAAAUGUGGAUGGACAAAGUUACGGUCGUAUCUUCUGAUAUGAGAGAAUGGGUUGCUCCCGAAAAAGCGGAUAUUUUAGUCUCGGAGUUGCUCGGAUCUUUUGGAGAUAAUGAAUUAUCACCAGAGUGUCUUGAUGGAGUUCAAAGGCAUCUGAAAAGCGAUGGAAUUAGUAUUCCUCGAUCGUACACGUCUUAUAUUGCGCCCGUUCAGUCUUCAAAACUCUUCAAUGAGGUGAAGCAGUGUAAAGACAAGGAGAAGCAUCCUUUAACCCAUUUUGAAACGCCGUAUGUUGUACAUUUGCAAAAUAAGUACGACAUAGCACCAACGCAACCUCUCUUCACGUUUGAACAUCCGAAUCGAAAUAACAUUAUAGACAACUCGAGAUACGAGAUGAGAAAAUUCAGCGUUCAGCAAAACUCGAUACUGCAUGGAUUCUCAGGAUACUUUGAUGCAGUUUUAUACGAAGAUGUAAUGCUGAGUAUAGAACCAAGAAGUCAUAGCCCUGGAAUGAUUAGUUGGUUCCCUAUAUUUUUUCCUUUGAAGGAGUCCAUUUACUUGAAGGCCGAAGAUGAAAUUUGCGCUCAUUUCUGGAGACGAUGUAACGCAAAGAAUGUUUGGUAUGAAUGGAGUGUCAGUAAACCAGUGGCUAUCGCUAUCCACAAUCCCAACGGGAGAUCUUAUACGAUUGGAUUAUAGGUCUCCGAUACCAAAGCACCAAUAAGUAAUUGGCGAUUAUUAACAUAACGACGACGUUCAGUAUUCCUUAUCUUAUAAGGUUUCUACGAAUUUUCUUGAUAAACUUUUUGGAUUACCCGGAACGGAAUCCUCUUCUUAUGUGAUUAGAUCUUAUCAUGAAAUUCUGUAGAAAAUAAAUAUUUUUAUUAUU